AUGCACAUAGAGACCAGUGCAUUAUGGGGUGGCCAAGAUAUUAAAAAAAUGAAUGACAGUGGAACUUUGCGGGCUCUCUCCAUCCGAAUGUCUAAACAUCCCCCUUGCUUUCGGCUGACUGGUGGUCUGCUCUCUGAUUGGAUGGAGGGAGAGGGGAGGCGGGUCUUGUACAAUGGUUCAGUAGCAGAGCUCUGCCCCAUCGCCCCAAAUAAUGUGAACACUAUGGCAGUUGCAGCCAUAGAUGCAUCUAAGUUGGGCUUCCAUGGGGUUACCGGAGAAAUCGUCUCAGACACUGUAUUAUCAGACUACCAUAUUGUGGAGGCUGAGGUAACUGGUCCAGAUGGGUUCACAGUGAAAACGGUGCGACAAAACCCUGCCAAACUGGGAGCUGUAACAGGAAAUGCUACAUACAAUUCCUUCUGGAGCAGCUUACUGGUCUGCAAGGGUCAUGGAGGGAGGGUAUAUCGGUGUUGAUAACAUCAGAUUGCUGCAGAAAGUUAACCGAAGAAAAACACAUGAUGUGGCACAUGAUGAAUUAAUAAAACGAGUGUCAUGGUAACAAUGUUGUAGACUUUAAUUUCAGUUUUACAGCUGUGAUAGACAUGACAAACUCCAACAGUGCUGGUGUAUAUUUGUAUUACAGUCCCAAUGAUGUUCCAGUGUAUUUAUUUGGCUGGUUAGCUUUAGCUACAUCACUUGCUUGUCAUUUAACUUAAACCAGGUUUUUUUUUUCUUUUAAAUAACCCUAGAAAAUCGCUGGAUAGUCACUAUGUAUGUGACAUUACAUAAUACUGCGAAGGGAAGUCUGGCAGUGAGUAAAGAACUGUAAGAAUGUUUUCAGAAAACAGUAUAUUCUGUCAUUUACUCAAUCUAAAGUCUUUUAAAAGAUGUAUGAAUUUUUUGCUUUCGUGAAACACAAAAGGAAAGUUUAGCUCUUUGAAAUAAGCACAAUGAAAAUGAAUAAUGACUGUCAAACUAUGAUUUAAAGUAAAUAACAGCUUAAAUUUGGGUCUGUUGUUCAUAUAAAGAUAUUGUAUGACAUUAAAAGACUUAAAAUAAAGUGCGAGUCUUAAGGAUUAUUCGUAUGAUAUUUUUAUUGUAUUUUUUGGCCUUGACAGCCCCUGGUCACCCUCUGUGUUUAUUUAU